GAGAAAAUGAACGAAUGGGACAAGUUUCCCCGCACCCCAGAAAAUGGUGCCCACCCACUUUUCCCUAUCAUCUCCAUGUUUACCCCAGAUGUAUUUCACGUUAUAUUCCCAAACCCCAUUUAGAAAUGUUUGGUUCUGCCCUCCCAUACGUCACUUGUCUGCUUCUUAAUGUACCCAACACCAAGCGAGGGCGGCUGCGUGUGAGCAGCGUGACCUUGGAUAAUCAACGUGGGAGAAGGGGGCGGCUGCACCUGAUUUUACCCGGCUGUAUACAGAGCCUUCACAAACAACAAGACAUCAAUUCCGGAGCUCCGGCAAUUGUGGACGAAUACGGCAAGGGGUCCAAUAACAGCUCGAAUCUUUCUCCACCAAUCACUCAUAUUAUACCCAAAUGAUCAGAGAACAUAGAACAAGUUCUGUAGUAUCGGCAGUUAGUACUUGCCGGGAGCCUGAAAGAGUUCGAAGAGACUCUACCCGGUCGAGACGGGGCCAUCGACGCCAUCGUGCCCAAAGCAAGCAAACAGACAUGGCUGGAAAUCAGAAAUAAAAGAGUCCCAGCCGGCCCUGCUUUGGCUGGAGAGCCUCUCCUCUCCUUUUCUCGUCACCGACGAAUACUACUUUCCAUUUUUUCUCCUCCAGGAGCGUAAGACCUUCCUCUGGUGAAGCCUCGCAAGAGAUCAAGCCGCCACCUGCACCCAACGACAAGACACCAGCACACAAGGGGGACAGAUCAAAGGAUCAACAAAGGGACAAUAUGCAUUCGUGGUCUACCCUCACCGCGGCCUUUGCGCUGCUGGCCAACGGAGUUGCCGCUCAGAACAUGUUGCGGUUCGCCUGCUCCCAGCUCGUUGUCGACCGUGUCGAUCCUCUCGUCAACCCCGGCGUCCGCUACACUCCCCAUCUUCACCAGAUCGUUGGUGGUAACUCCUUCAACCUGACCAUGGAGCCAGUCGAGUAUGACUUGGUCAAGAGAUCGACCUGCACAUCCUGCUCGUUCCCCCAGGAUCUGUCCAACUACUGGACGGCCGUCAUGUUUUUCAAGCACAAGAACGGAUCGUAUCACCGCGUUCCCCAAGUCGGCAACGGCGGUCCCCAGGGUCAGCUCAUCAACAAGGGUGGUCUCGACAUCUACUAUAUUCCCAGCGGCAAGACCACCGCCUUCAGACCUGGCUUCCGCAUGCUUGCCGGUAACGCGGCCAACACCGAGGACAGCAAGGUUUCCAAGGCCAACAUCUGCCAUCGCUGCUGGACAUCGACCAACGAGGGCAACUUCAUCGGCGGUGCUCCCUGCACUGGCUCUGAUACCGUCGGCAUCCCUCAGGAGCCGCGCUGCAAGAUGAUCCGCCAGACCAUCAUCUUCCCCCACUGCUGGGACGGCAAGAACCUUGACACCCCCGACCACAAAUCCCACGUCGCCUACGGCCAGGGCUCUGGUGCCACUGGCGGCGGCGCCUGCCCAUCCAGCCACCCCGUCAAGCUUCCUCAGCUCAUGUACGAGCUGAUGUGGAACGUGACCAACUUCAGUGAUAAGAACAUGUGGCCCACCUCGGGCCCUGCCUUUGUCUACAGCAUGAACCUCGGCGGAUCUGCCGCUCACGGUGACUACGUCUUCGGCUGGGAAGGCGACACUCUUCAGCGUGCCAUGGACAAGGGCUGCAACCUCAACCGUGCUUGCCCUGCUGCUGGUCUUACUUACCAGCCUCCCGAGGUUUACAACGCUUGCAACAUCAAGCAGCAGGCUCCCGAGCCCGUCGACGGCUGGCUCAAGGCCAUGCCGAUGGGCGAUGUCGCCAUCAAGGCUUAAUCUCACGCAAUGACAGCGAUUUCCUAGUGUUCAAGAGAACAGGACCAAGACCAUGGACUUGUUUGAAAACUCUACAUGUUCAUCAUUGUUUUGAAAAGAGUGGUCUGGUUGGGUGGUUAAGCACGCCAGCAGAGCGGAGUCGGCAUCAGUUUACACAAACAUAGUAUUACUUUUAUUCCCCCUCCUCACUCG